AUGGCGUUACAGAUCGCCGCAAUGCUCAAUAUGGCGCUGUCCUACUGGAGGCUGCUCGUUCCUCUGGCCAUAACUACCCCGCUCCUGAUCUUGAUCUUGAUCCCCCUCUACUGCCAUUAUACAGAGGCGAGGGCAGCGCGUCUUCGUCGCAUCGUCCUCAGGCCCCUCAGCAGGAUCCUCCCCAAGCCGUCGUUUAUCUCACCGCGCCUUCUUGGCACUCCGACAUGGCCGUUGAAAGCCAAUCAUGAGACUUUCAGAGCUCUGGGGACUGAUAACUUCCUUACCGUCUCGCCUGGAGGGAACAUCUUCAAUACUGCCGAUGCAGGCGUCAUAUCACAGAUUCUGGCACAAGGUGUGGGGUUCCCAAAGGCAAUUCAGAUAUACAAGUCCAUUGCCAUAUUUGGACAAAAUGGUACGUACCACGCCUCUCAACCGCAUGAUAUCCUAGCAUCUUCUCUCAACGCUGAGAGAACGUCGUUCUUUGGCAUAUCCUGGUGUUUACUGUUUAUUAGCUCUCCGAUCCAUUAUUCCCUGCCACCAGUACUGACACCAAUAGUCGUCUCAUCUGAUGGACCAACCUCAAAAUACCACAGACGACUUACCGGUCCCGCCUUCAGUGAGAAGAACAACCGUCUCGUCUGGCAGGUGGCGUUAGAUCAAACCCAGACCAUGAUACAAACAUUUCGAGGACCAGGUGGAGAGUUUCAAACUACUCAGAAGAUUGUAAGCAGCAUCCUGCGAAUGAGCCUGGAAGUACUCGGCCGGACUACUCUUGGUCAAGUGGAAUGGACACCCGAAGUCUUUGAUGACAAUCCGAGCAGAGUGUCUCCACGCGUGGAAAAUACAACAGUCGGCUUUAUUAAAAACCUGGAGUUUUUCAUGGCCAACAUGGUUUCCAUCAUGAUAACAAAGUCAAGUCCGUGGUGGGUUCAAUAUUUCGCGCCCAUUCUUUUAUCCCCUGAAAAACUCGGGGCAUACGACCUCUUGCGCCAGCAUAUGGUAGAAAUCAUCAAGGCCAGGAAACAUGCAAUCCAGUCCGGGGUUGCAGGCACGUCGACUACAGAUUUGAUAUCACAACUUAUCAAAGGGCAUGAUGAUGAAAUUAAUGGAAACCCCCAGCCGUCUAGGCUCAGUGAUAGCGAGUUGAUAGGAAACCUUUUUGCUUUUAUCAUUGCUGGACAUGAAACCUCAGCAAACAGCAUUCACUUCACUUUGGUAUAUCUGGCAAUACACCCGGAUGUACAGCAACAAGUUCAGGAAGAGAUGGAGACCGUCUUUCAAGGUCGACCUACCUCGGAGUGGGAAUAUGGGAGCAGCUUUCCCAAGCUUUACAACGGGCUUGUUGGUGCGGUCUUGAAGGAGGUUCUUCGCCUCAACUCGCCGGUUCUCACCAUUCCAAAGGUGGUUUCCUCUACAGCUAAACCUCUCAUCAUUGAAGGCAAAAGUGUCAGGCUCGCUCCUGGGACAAUCAUUCGACUAUGCGUUCCCUCGGUUCAUCGCAAUCCCAAAUUCUGGCCCCAAGGUCCUCCUGCAGACUAUACAAGGCCUUUAAGCCCUUCAAUUAACGACCUCGACGAGUUCAAACCUGAGCGGUGGCUAAAGUACCAGGCAGGCAAGGGUAGUUCGCCAACUCGAAAUGAUCCAGAGCUCGGUACUGCCAACAACCAAAACAACUCGUCUCAUUUCACCCCAAUCCAAGGUUCAUACGUACCCUUUAGUGAUGGUUCAAGGGCGUGCCUUGGUCAGCGAUUCGCUCAAGUCGAGAUUAUGGCAGUGCUCGCCAGAAUAUUCAGCCAGUAUUCGGUUGAAUUGGCAGUUGACGAGUGGGCUGAAGAUGAGGGAGUACUUGGUAUGACUCUGGCAGAGAAGAGAGUAGUAUGGCACAAAGCCCAUGAAAAAGCAAAGUACACGCUCCAGAAUGAUUUGACCUGUAUCAUUACUGUUCAACUGAACGGCACGAGUAUCCCUUUACGAUUUGCAGAGAAGGGCCAGGAGCGAUUCUUCGACUUGUAA